AUGAUUCAUGAGGGCUCACACUGCCAACGUCGAGUGCCAAAGAGAUAUACCCUGCUGGCUUUGGGCUUGGCGAUGGGAUGUGGUCAACUGACGCUGGGAUUUCUACUGAGGGCUUUGAACCCUCGAAGCAGACCAAAUGACCUGGCAGUUCCUCGCGCUUGCGGCCGUUUCAGUGGACCUGACGACAAGUGGCAGGCUGCUUUGGACCUUGACUUGUUCCACGCAGUUCUGGAUGGUGAGAGGGACACCGUGAAAGAGCUCCUGGCCCUUGGGUUUUCUGAGAAAGUUCUUUAUUUUUUUGUGAGAAGUCUAAGGGUAAUUAGGGUAGGUUAA